AAUCCAAGUAGACGAUAACUAACAUUUUUAUUUUUUCUGUGGACAUUGCAGAACUAAAAUAAUUGUAAGAAUAUUUCUAAAAAUGGAUUGUACACGCUGGUCAUACUAAUCAAAAGAAUUUGAAAAUAUUGGUUUAAAAUGGAGAAUUAUACAAAAAUAAAUCUUGUCGGACAAGGUGCAUUUGGGAGUGUCUACUUAUGCAGUAGAAAAACUGACAAAAAAUUGCUGAUUUUGAAAGAAAUUCCUAUGGACGCCAUGACAGCAGAAGAACGUGGUGCAGCACGGAAUGAAGUACAAAUCUUGAAAGUUUUAAGUCAUCCAAAUAUCAUACAAUAUUAUGAAAAUUUUCUUGAUGGUACAAGAUUAGUAAUUGCAAUGGAAUAUGCACAAGGAGGAACUUUGUAUCAAUAUUUGAAAAAACAAACAUCACUUCUAGGUGAAGAAGAAGUUCUACACUUGUUUGUUCAAAUACUUACUGCAUUGCAACAUAUUCACGCAAAAAAUAUCCUCCACCGAGAUUUGAAAACAGAAAAUAUACUUCUCGAUAGAAAGAGCAGGGUUUGUAAAGUGUCUGAUUUUGGAAUUUCUAAAGUUCUCACAACAAAAACAAAAGCAAUGACAGUUGUUGGUACACCAUGCUAUAUUUCCCCUGAAUUAUGUGAAGGAAAAGCUUACAAUCAAAAAAGCGACAUGUGGGCUUUAGGAUGUAUGCUUUACGAACUUAUUGCAUUGAGAAGAGCCUUUGAAGCCACAAAUUUACCUGCGUUGGUGAAUAAAAUCACCAAAGCUCAUUACAACACAAAUUUUCCGAAACUCUACAGCAAUCCGUUGAUGAAUUUAUUGAAAAGAUUAUUAAGUUUGAAUCCAGACUUAAGACCUUGUGUAGUCGAUAUCAUGGCUGAACCAUUCAUUAUGAGAAAACUUAUCGAUGUAUAUGUGGAUAUCGGUGCUGUGGAAGUAAAAAAUCAGAAAAGCUCAGGAUCGGGUAAACAAGGAAGAUUUCACCAUACUUCAUCAAGUUCUUCAAUUGAUUCAAUGGCUUCGACGAAAAGCCAGGAGCACUUUGUAGUAUAUUGUUGGGGUGGAAGUGUAUCAACUCCCAUGAAACUACCUUUACCUUAUGCAGAUACUCAGAUAGUGCAAGUUGAUUGCGGCAGAACUCAAAAGGCUUGCGUUACUGAGAACGGCAGACUUAUUAUUUGGGAGAGUUCAUCAACUCAAGCAUUACCAGGUGCCUUAGAAGAUUCACAAAAUGUUCCAGCUUUUAUUCCCAGAUUCCUAGAGGGACAGUCUGGUGUAUGUGUCAAAAUGGUAUCUUGUGGUGAUAUGCAUAUGGCUUGUUUAACUGAUCGAGGCAUCUUAAUGACAUCGGGAACUGGAAGUAAUGGCUGCCUUGGACAUGGCAGUUUCAAUGAUCUUAAUGAGCCAAAAAUUGUUGAAGCGUUACUCAGUCAUGAAGUGAUCGAAAUAUCAUGUGGAUCGUAUCAUGUUCUUGCUUUAACUAGCGAUGAUGAAGUUUUUGCAUGGGGAUCAGGAGACAAGGGUCGAUUGGGUCUUGGAGACAGACAGACACAUUGUACUCCGCAACCUGUAUCAGUACCUCAAGAAUAUGAAGUAAAGUCAGUUAUAUGUGGAAACGAUUCAUCUGUUAUUUUAACUAAAGAUAAGAAAAUGCUCUCUUGUGGGAACAAUAAUCAUAAUAAAUUAGGUCUAGAUGUCGUUAACAAUGGUGAGGUAUUAAAGGAAACAUCAGAAUCAUUGAAAUUCAUUCCAGUGCAAUCCUAUCCAUUCACUGAUGUCAAAAUUAAUAAAGUGUCCUUGGGAAUGCAACAUUCUGCUAUGAUCACUGAUGAUGGAGAUUUAUUAUUGGUCGGUAAUAACCAGUUUGGUCAACUUGGUUUUCCACCAAAUGAUUCAGGACGUCAUAGCAUGAGAAUUCCUAGGAAAUUAACGCAGGACACAGAAACUAAAUUUCAAGCAGUCAGUUGUGGUGGAACAUUUACUGUUGCUAUAACUGAUAAUGGAAAAGUACUAACUUGGGGUAAAACCUCUCGAGGGCAACUCGGACGCUCAACUUCAGGACCGGUAUCACCUGAACCACAAGAAGUUGCUCUACCUGGAAUCACUAAAAUGAAAAUUGUUUCACUGAGUGCAAGUCAUGCAUUUACAUUAUUGGCUGUUUCUGGUACAGAGAAGAAUGAUCCAGAUCUUGAUACAAAGUUUCGGAAUAGUUGGGACACAAAUACAUGGAGAGAAGAAGGAAAGAAAACCCCACAAAAAUGAGAAGAAUAUACUGGUCAUUAUGGUGGUAUACAUGCCAAUUUUGCAACAUUUUAGCAUUGUCUUCUGAGGAAAAGAGAAAUUUCAAGUGAAGUUUAAGUCAUCAAUCCCUUCAAUGUGUUUUCGUUAAAAGCACAGCCAAUAAUAAAAUGAUUGAAUGCUCCAUACAUUUUUUUAUUUUUUCCUGUAACUCUUAUAUAUAUUAAAGUUCAAGUAUGUUUCCGCACUUGUGUUUAAUAUAUUCUGUCACAAUGCAAGGGUUACCAUUUGAUAAUUAUAGUAGUUUUUGAUCCGUCUGUUGUUACAUUUAAUUUGAUAGUCUCCUCAUCAUCUGACUUGAAACCUGCUCGAUAUUGACUAUUUCAAGUGCAAAAUAUCUAAUAAAUUUUUUACCUACAAUUUCACUGUGCCUUUACAUCGAAUUGCAUCUUUUUUUAUCAAGUGCACAAACUCGUUACGUUCCUUCAAUAAAUUUAUAAUAUAUUGUCAAA